UUGAGUUUGAUUUUGUACUAAUGUGUUUAAAUUGCUUUCGUUUGAUUCAUUGAAUUUAAAAGUUAAAUUAACGAUAAUUUCAUGUCUACCAGAAUCAUCAUGGUAACACCAAGUUCUGAAUCUUUAACCAGUCGAUCACAUUUUAAUAUUCAACAAAUUUUGGGCUUAGAUGAAUCGACAACCUCAUCGAUUGUAAUUAACCAGUGUGAUUCAGGUCGAAGUACACCAAUUGUUGAACCGAUCGAUUGUGACGAAGAUGAAGAUGAGGAAGUGGAAGUGGAAGGUGAAGAAAUUGAUGAGGAUGAAGAAGAUGAUGAUAGUGAUGGUGAUGGAACAAUUUGUACACCAACACCAACACCGAUAAUAAUCACUAAUGGUGGUUGGAAUUCACCAAACGAUAAGAAAACUAAAUCCAACGACAAUUGCAACAGUCCCAAGACUAAAUCAGCAUCGUUAUCACCUCAGCCUCGACCAUCAUCAUCAUCAUUAUCACCAAACAAUCAACAAAAACAAUCUCCAUCGAAUCAAAUUAAAAGCAAUAAUGAAGAGGCUAAAUCGUCAUCAUCAUCAACAUCAUCACAGAAAAGUAAUGGUCAUGAUAAAGUUCAGAAUAUGGAUUCUGAUCAAAAUCAAACACCGACUCCAACUUGUUCCCCCUCAUUAACACCUCAUCAACAGCACCAACAACAGGGUUUCCCACAUUUUCAUCAGCAUCCAUGUUGA